UGCCCUAACUUCCUGGUAGCUGUUCACAUAAUAAGCUUGUGGGCGUCGGUGCUGUUGUUUUUACCAUUGUAUCAAACCCGGUAAAUUACUCAGUAAUUUUUUGUGUGUGAAAUAUCUCCGGUGACUUCCUGUGAUGGGACUCACGUCCAGGAUGAUUCCUACCGAGGACGCGUCCGCCAGGAAGCGGGAGAUAGAGGGGAAACUGAAGCAGGAACAGGAGACGCUGUCAUUCAUCAAAGAAAACCUAGAAAAGAGCGAUCAGCUGACCAAGGGCAUGGUCUCCAUUCUGUCAUCGUUCGAGAGCCGCCUCAUGCAGCUGGAGAACUCCAUCAUCCCCGUCCACAAGCAGACGGAGAACCUGCAGCGUCUGCAGGAGAACGUGGACAAGACGCUGUCCUGCAUGGACCAUGUCAUCAGUUACUACCACGUGGCCAAGGACACGGACCGGAUCAUCAGAGAGGGGCCGACGGGCAGACUAGACGAGUAUCUCGCCUGCAUCGCAAAGAUCCAGAAAGCAGUGGAAUAUUUUCAGGACAACAAUCCCGACAGUCCUGAACUCAACACAGUGAAAGCUCGUUUUGAGAAAGGGAAGGAGCUGCUGGAGGCGGAGUUCCGUAGCCUGCUGACGCGCUACAGUAAACCGGUCCCGCCCAUCCUCAUCCUGGACGCCAUCAGCGUGGACGAGGAGCUGGAGGUGCAGGAGGAGGUGGUGCUGGAACACCUGCCUGAGGCCGUGCUCCAGGACAUCAUUUGCAUCGCCGGCUGGCUCGUGGAGUACGGGCGCAACCAGGAUUUCAUGAACGUCUACUUCCAGAUCAGGUCCAACCAGCUGGACCGGUCCAUCAAAGGCCUGAAGGAUCACUUCCGCAAGAACAGCGCCUCCUCUGGAAUCCUCUACUCGCCCGCCGUCCAAACCAAACGCAAGGACACGCCCACCAAGAAGGCUCCUAAGAGACCAGUCUACAUCCCAGGGACCAUUCGCAAGGCUCAGAACCUUCUGAAACAGUACUCACAGCAUGGGCUGGAUGGGAAAAAAGGGGGCUCUAACCUCACUCCUUCAGAAGGUUACGAUCACGACCUGCGGGUCAAACAUCUCUCUGACGCCCUGACCGACAAGCACGGGGCCGCCGCAGGGAAAGACGACGUCCUGGACAUCGAGAUCGACUCGUACAUCCACUGCAUCAGCGCCUUCGUGAAGCUAGCACAGAGCGAGUACGCGCUGCUGACGGAGAUCAUCCCCGAACACCACCAGAAGAAAACGUUCGAUUCCCUCAUUCAGGAGGCGCUGGACAACCUCAUGCUGGAGGGGGACAACAUCGUGUCGGCCGCCCGCCGCGCCAUCAUGCGUCACGACUACUCGGCCGUCCUCACCAUCUUCCCCAUCCUGAGACACCUGAAGAUGAACAAGUCCGAGUUCGACGCAACACUUCAGGGAACGGCAGCGAGCACCAAGAACAAGCUGCCCACGCUCAUCACGUCCAUGGAGACGAUCGGAGCUAAAGCUCUGGAAGAGUUCGCAGACAGCAUCAAAAACGAUCCCGAUAAAGAGUACAACAUGCCCAAAGACGGAACGGUCCACGAGAUGACCAGCAACGCCAUCCUGUUCCUGCAGCAGCUGCUGGACUUCCACGAGACGGCGGGAGCCAUGUUGGCGUCGCAAGUUCUGGGCGACACUUACAAUAUUCCCUUAGACCCUCGAGAGACCAGUUCGGCCACAAGUUACACGUCCGACUUCAACAAACGACUCCUCAGCACGUACAUAUGUAAAGUUCUGGGAAACCUUCAGCUCAACUUACUGAGUAAAUCUAAAGUUUACGAAGAUUCGGCGCUCAGCGCCAUUUUCCUCCACAACAACUACAACUACAUCCUCAAGUCUCUGGAGAAGUCGGAGCUGAUCCAGCUGGUGACUGUGACGCAGAAGAAAGCUGAGAGUUCCUACAGAGAGUUGAUCGAGCAGCAGAUCCAGAUGUACCAGCGCAGUUGGCUGAAAGUCACCGAGCUCCUCACAGACCGGAACAUUCCCGUCUUCCAGCCCGGCACCAAGCUCAAAGACAAAGAACGACAGGUGAUAAAAGACAAAUUCAAGGGUUUUAAUGACGGCCUGGAGGAACUGUGUAAGACACAGAAAGGGUGGGCGGUUCCCGACAAAGAGCAGCGAGAUUUCAUCCGUCACGCUCAGAGGAAAGUUGUGUCGGACGCUUACAGAGCUUUUCUGCACAGAUGUGCCAACAUCUCGUUCACUAAAAACCCAGAGAAGUAUCACAAGUAUCGGCCGGAGGACGUGGAGGAGAUGAUCGAGAGGCUGUUCGACACGUCGGCCUGAGCUCGGCUCGUCGGCCUGAGCCGCGUCACCGUCUCAACAAUGUUUUGUACAAAAGGAAUAAAAUACUCAAAUGUGUUGUAUUUAUGUGACUUUAGCUCCACAUUUCAAACUAAUAAAGGGAAAGCGAAUGAC